AUGUUUGAUCAAGAGAUUGAAUCAUUAUCGAAUAAAUUAGUACAAUUUAUUCAAGAUUUAACAAUUAAUAUUCAAACAAUUUAUAAUAAGAAAAAUUUUACUGAAAAUUUUUUUCAAUUAUUUCAAUUACGUAGUGAUUAUUCUAAACAACUUGCUUAUUUAUUUGAUAUAUUAAUUAAUAGAUUUAUUGAAGAAUUUCUUCUUAAUCGAAUAACAAAUCAAAUUAUAUUAAAUCUUGAUCCUGUUCAAAUAUGGCGUUCAAUACAAUGUUGUAUUGAUCAAUUAAAUGAUAUACAAUGUCAAAAUUUAUGUUUAAUUAUUAAACAUAUUCGAAUAUUAAACAAUUAUUUUUAUAAUCUUUUAUUACAAUUAAAAAAUGGUGAAUUUCUUAAAAUUGAUCAAAUACGUAUAUUGAAUCAAAAUUUAAUUGAAGAAUUAAAUCAUCUAUCAGAAUGUUUAAUAAAUUUUACAACUAAUUUCUAUAAUAAUUGUCAAAAUAUUAAUAAUAAAUCUUCAAAACCUAUUGAUACUUAUCUAUUUCAAAGUCAAUCAACAGCACAAAAUCCAAACAACAACAAUCAUAUUAAUCAAACAAUACCAAAUAUUUCACCAAAUGAAAAAUCCAACAUUUCUCCAGCUAUAAAUUCCAAUUGCUAUCCAUAUAAUAUCAUACGAAAUCCAUGUCCACAACAACAACCAUGUUGGACUGGCAUUGGACAAACUCAUUGUAUUCAAACAAAUCCAAUUCGUUGUCCCAUAGGGACAAUUCCAACUGUUGCUACAUUUCCAUAUACUAAACCAAUGUAUUGUGGCAUCAAUCCAAAUAAAACUGAAAUACCACCUCUAUGUUUUCCAACACCUAUUGUCUACACACCUGAAAUGGAAACAUUAUUCUCAUCCGGUGGUAUUAUUUAUGCACGAAAAUCAGGUAAUACAUGGAUUGCUGAAAAUUUGGGUACACUUAUUGAAACACUUAAAGAUAUUGGACAAACAAUUGAUAUGAAUGAACAUUAUGAAAUUUUAGUACGAAAAACUGGUGAAUUAGUUGUUCAUCGAAAAAGAGGUCGUCGAAAACGUAUGUUACAAGAAACUUUAAACAAUAAACGAACAUCAUCUUAUGAUGAUAUGAAUAUUAAUGAACAAUAUUUUGAGUCUAAUCUUAUUAAUGAUGAUGAUUGA